AAGUGAAGAGAAAUUUUCUGCAUUCAACCUAGCUUGUUUUUCUGUCUUAUUUCCAAGGUCUUUGAGCAGAUGAGAAAUAGCUUGAUAAUUAAAACCGUUUGAACAUUCUCUUUGAAAAAUAGAAAUAAUAAAAAUCUGAGCAAAUAUAAAGGACGAAGUGUCCCUGAGAGAAGCGAGUAUGUUGGAUGGGCUGCAGACAGACGGGCCGUGCUGUGCAGUACUGGUUGUUAUUGUGUGGAAGGCUUGUCCUUCACCUGCCCUGCGUACUUCACUGCAUGUUUUCAAAAAGGGUUUCCAGUCUUUAAUGAACCAGGCGCUUCUGUUUUUCUUUUUAGAGAUUUUUUUUUUUGCUUCUUGGGACAGUCCAGGCCAACACUCCUCACAUUUUCCAUUUUAUCCUCAUUUUGAGUUUCGCCUUUUGAUUUCACCCCCCCUUCUGCCUGGGCAUUUUACACAGCUUUCCGUUUGCUUUGCUGUAACCGUGAAUAACUCUCCGCUCUCUCCUCUCGGCCCUUUCACCUCUGUGCUGGUUGAACAUUAACCAGAGCCAGCUGAGCUAUCAGAGUCCCAGUGCUGAGCAAACAGCAAGGAUCUCACACGAAUAAGCAGUCUGUGUGUGUGUGUGUGCGCUCUGGGCACUCGCUCCAGGAUUAUUACAAACAAAAAAGGGCAAACACGCCAGGGCCAUGGACUGAGUAUUUCAUAAAGCCAUGGAAGCAAUGACAGUGAGUACCUCGGUCAGCCCGGCGGACGAGUUUGACCGCAAUGUCCCGCGGAUCUGUGGGGUGUGUGGAGACAAGGCCACCGGCUUUCACUUCAAUGCCAUGACCUGCGAGGGCUGCAAGGGCUUCUUCAGACGCAGUAUGAAGCGGAAGGCCAUGUUCACCUGCCCCUUCAGCGGCAGCUGCACCAUCACCAAGGACAACCGCCGGCACUGCCAGGCCUGCCGUCUGAAACGCUGCGUGGAGAUCGGCAUGAUGAAGGAGUUUAUCCUGACCGACGCAGAGGUCCAGCGGAAGAAGGACAUGAUCCUGAAGCGCAAGGAGGAGGAGUCCCAGCGAGAGGCCCAGCGAGAGGCCCUGCAGCCCAGGCUGACGGAGGAGCAGUCCAGGGUCAUCGCCCUGCUGCUGGAGGCUCACCGCAAGACAUACGACGACUCGUACUCUGACUUCCAGCAGUUCAGGCCCCCUGUGCGCCAGGGCCCAGUCACGCGCAGUGUGACCCGCGCCUCUUCAGUGUACUCUCUCCAGAACCAGUCCUCUGAGGACUCCUCCGACUCCUUCAACCCCACCUACGACCCGAUGGAUUUGAAGCUGUUUGAUUCCAGCAGCCUCCUGAUGAGCCAGUCCAGCAGCAGCUCAGACUCCAGCCUGGCCUCUCAGAGCAUCUCCAUGCUGCCGCACCUUGCAGACCUGGUCAGCUACAGCAUCCAGAAGGUCAUCGGCUUCGCCAAGAUGGUUCCCGGCUUCAAAGAGCUGACGGCCGACGACCAGAUUGCCCUGCUCAAGUCGAGCGCCAUCGAGAUCAUCAUGCUGCGCUCGAACCAGUCCUUCAGCCUGGACGACAUGUCCUGGAACUGCGGGAGCCAGGACUUCAAGUACCGGGUGGACGACGUCACGCAGGCUGGCCACACUAUGGAACUCCUGGAGCCUCUGGUCAAGUUCCAGGUGGGAUUGAAGAAGCUCUGCAUGCAUGAAGAGGAGCAUGUGCUGCUAAUGGCAAUCUGCCUGCUGUCCCCUGACCGGCCCGGGGUGCAGGAUAGGGCUCGGAUCGAGGUUCUCCAGGACCGGAUCUCGGAAGUCCUGCAGGCCUACAUUCGUGCGCGUCACCCCGGCGGCCGCCUCCUCUACGCCAAGAUGAUCCAGAAGCUGGCGGACCUGCGCAGCCUAAAUGAGGAGCAUUCCAAGCAGUACCGCAGCAUCUCCUUUCAGCCUGAGCACAGCAUGCAGCUCACCCCCCUGGUGCUGGAGGUGUUCGGUAAUGAGGUGUCCUAGUGCCCCCCCAUCCUCCCCGGGAAACCAGGGCCUGGGGGGGCGGCUGGGGGUCCCUGCGUCCGCUGCAAUCAACACCACGUUUUAAGAAGCUGCUGUCGCUGGAGAGACCAGGGGGGGCUUGAGUUUAGGGACAAUGACUGAUUUUUCUGUUUUGUUACACCCUCCCUCCCUCCUUCAGUGUAAUCCUCCCAGCACUAUCACCACCCCCCAUGGAAGCCCCUCGUUAGCGUUUCGAUUGCUGAUCCGCUCCAGGUCUCGGUCAGUAUCGUCAAGUUGCCCUCGUCGGGAGGGCAGUGCCUGCAUGGUGCUGCGCCGUGUUCUCGUUGUAGAGGACUGCAGUGGGGGGCUCUGUGCUGGGUUAGCCCUGUCUCUGACAGCAGCCUUUGCACUGUCACCCGCAUGGGGCCUUCUCGUUCAGCACAUACAAAGGGGUGACAAGUGUUUUUAAAAAGCAUGCACUUUUAGUUCCCUUUGCAGACAGAGCCCGGGGUGUGAAAUUUUAGUGUUGCUCAAAUGAACACUAAAGGCCUGUGAUCAGUAAAACAAAGUGCCACUACAGUAAAGUGCCAAAUCUCUGCUCACCAAGCAGAGUGACUGAACUAUAGCAGAGCUGUAACUCGAAAGUCUCUUAGUGUCGCAGGGGUUGGUGUUGAGGUUCCAGGCUUGCAGGAAUCUCAAUGCAAGAGCAGCUUGCGCUUCAGCUGGAACAGCAGGCUUGGUCCGUCCCGCCCUCCUUCCAGCGCUGGAUUUGAGUAACAAAAUUGCAACCACCCCCCCCCCCUCCCCUCAAAACAUCCCGCCUCGCUCCCUCUCCCUCUCUCGACUCCCCCUUCAGUUCUAUCUAGUGUGGACCACUUGCAGGCAAAGCUAUGCAAGCUGCAUCAGAAUGACCCCUGUGCCAUUACAGCAUAGAAACCAAAAGGUCUCUCGAACGUGGCUUGUAGCCCACAGUCUCGCUCGUGCCUGCCUGCCUUUGCUCACACAGGCGCCCCUCUGCCCAGCAGUCUUGACGGGUGGUGGUUGGUGUUUUUUUUUUUUUUUUUUUUUUUUUUUUAUAAUUUUUGUUCCACGCUAAUGUUGCCGUCAAGGUAAAAACUCUGAGAAUGUGUAACGUUUGUCUGCUUGACUCGGUUUCCUGUAGUUUCUGCUGAAGUAUUCUGAUCCUGCGUUUUUUAAAGUAUAGUUAAAUGUAAUGUAGUUUUUGAAUCGGGGCCGGGGGGGGUUCAGGGGUUCAGGUUUCUUGUGUUGGAGACCCUUCUUUACACACUCAGUGUGUAUCGUAGAAAUUAGCUGGGAACAAAUCUUCACUGGGCAGAAUGAUUCAUUUUACAUACACAAGAGCAUUGUGAAAAAUGGCAAAUAUAUUAUAGACAUAUUUCU